GUAUCUCCACCACUCGCCCUCUCUCUCUCUCUCUCUCUCUCUCUCUCUCUCUCUCUCUCUCUCUCUCUCCUCUGCUUGGCUGCCGAGAAAAUCCAACCAAACAGAGCACCCAUUUUGACAUUUAUGAAAAUGGACAUUGAUGAGCUUCUGGGUCGCAACCAGCCGGUCAGCAUUCCGACGAAGAGUGCGAUAUACGUGUGGGGAUAUAACCAGUCCGGGCAGACGGGUCGGAACGGGAAGGAGCAGCAGCUGAGGAUCCCGAAGCAGCUCUCGCCGGAGCUUUUUGGGUGUACGGCGGGGGCUAAUUCGCGGUGGCUGGACAUUACUUGCGGCCGCGAGCACACCGCCGCUGUUACCUCAGACGGGUCGCUUUUCACUUGGGGGGCUAAUGAUUUUGGUCAAUUGGGAGAUGGAACGGAGGAGCGAAGAAAAAAUCCGAAGAAAGUGAAGCAAUUACAGGCAGAGUUUGUGAAAUCUGUGUCUUGUGGAGCACAUUGUACCGCUGCCAUUGCAGAACCUCGUGAAAAUGAUGGAACCGUCUCAACAAGAAGGCUUUGGGUGUGGGGGCAGAAUCAGGGAUCGAAUCUUCCACGUUUGUUUUGGGGAGCCUUUACUCCAAACACGAUUAUCCGUCAAGUGUCUUGUGGGGCAGUUCAUGCGAUGGCUUUAUCAGAGGAUGGCUUGCUACAAGCUUGGGGAUAUAAUGAAUACGGUCAACUUGGCAGAGGAUUUACAUGUGAAGGAUUACAGGGGGCUCGUAUAAUAAAUGCAUACGCGAAGUUCCUAGAUGAAGCCCCUGAGCUUGUGAAGAUUACCCAAGUGUCAUGCGGGGAGUACCACACGGCAGCUAUAUCUGAAAAAGGCGAGGUGUAUACUUGGGGGCUAGGAAACAUGGGUCAACUUGGGCAUUGUUCCCUUCAAUCUGGGGAGAAAGAGUUAUUGCCGAGGAGAGUGGUCGCACUUGAUGGAAUAGUCGUAAAGGACGUUGCAUGCGGUGGCGUACAUACAUGUGCUGUGACUCAGAAGGGAGCUCUUUAUGCUUGGGGUGGUGGUCGUGCAGGGCAGUUAGGCCUUGGCCCUGAAACGGGAUUAUUUUCAUGCAACCCUAAUGAAUCUCAGUCAUUUUUCCGGAAUAUUCCUGCGUUGGUUAUUCCAACUAGUGUGCAACUCAUUGCGUGUGGACACUCCCACACACUUAUCUCUACAAGGGAUGGAAGAAUUCAUGGAUGGGGCUACAAUAGCUAUGGUCAAGCAUCUAAUGAGAAACUGACUUACGCUUGGUAUCCAUCUCCAGUUGAUUGGUGCGUUGGGGAAGUGCGAAAACUUGCAGCUGGUGGUGGCCAUUCAGCCGUGUUGACUGAUGCAUGUACCUUGAAGGAAUUGUGUGAAUUUAGGCUUGCAGAUAGUGUUAAUCUAAAGAAUGCUUCUACGAUUGAGGACAUUGCGUCUAGAACAGGUUCAGAUGCUUUAGCACGGCUUUGUGAAAGAUUGAGGCAGCAUGUGAAUGAGAGUGGCGACUGUGAACACGAAGACGAUUAGACCAGCAGUUAUUCGAUGUGAAGAAACGAUUGGAUUAGAUUUAAAAUUGACAUCCAUUAAUUCAAUUUAAUCACUGUAUGGAAGAAGUUGUAAUCAGAUUAUGAAGGGGUUAAACCCAUGUAUAUAUGUCAAACUAAUAUCAUUUGUAACCACAAUUAAGUCAAGUACACGGUUGUAUUCAAAACAUUCACAUUGAGAUGUCGGACUUGUUUAUGUAAUUAUUCAAUAUGUGUAUAAAAAUGAAAGACUUGAUUCUCGACCAAA